AACGCCUUUUCCUUUUCCGUCCCAGUGAACUGAUGCGGUUUAUCUCACCGAAACACACACUUGAGUUGUGUCAACACAAUGUUUACUGCCUUAGCACCGUACCACCACCACCAUGGCUUCUAACAUCAGAUGCUGCUUGUUGUACACACACUGGAGUGUGACACGUUUCGGAACAUUUUGGCCUGACCGCAUUAAUGUAAAUAUUGCGCGACUUUACUCAAGUGCAACGCAUGCGAAAAAUGAACUUGAACUUGGGAAUCCUACUUUGGCUCCACCAGAUUUAAGUACAUCCGUCAAAACCAGGACAAGACAGGAGAGGAUGAAAGACCACAAUGUUGCCUUUUCUUCAUUCUUAACGGACAACUUUGGCCGGAAACACAAUUACUUGCGCAUCUCCCUGACUGAGAAGUGCAACCUACGCUGCCAGUAUUGUAUGCCAGAGGAGGGUGUGAAGCUGACACCACGAGGCCAACUACUGUCCACUUCAGAGGUACUGACCCUAGCACGCCUCUUUGUCAAGGAGGGCGUAGAGAAGAUCCGCCUCACUGGAGGAGAACCGCUUAUCAGACCUGAUGUGCUGGAUAUUGUUGCAGAGUUGAGGAAGUUGGAGGGUUUGAAGACCAUUGCGGUGACAACAAACGGCAUGAACCUUGCCAGACUUCUGCCUCAACUAAAAGAUGCAGGCCUCAACCUGAUCAACAUCAGUCUGGAUUCACUGGUAGCUGCCAAGUUUGAGUUCAUUGUCCGGCGAAAAGGCUUCCACAAGGUCAUGGAAGGCAUUGAUAAGGCCAUUGAAAUGGGCUACAACCCAGUCAAGGUCAACUGUGUAGUCAUGCGUGGCCUCAAUGAUGAUGAGCUGCUUGAUUUUGUCGCUCUGACAGAGAAGAAGCCUGUGGAAGUGCGUUUCAUUGAAUACAUGCCAUUUGAUGGUAACAAAUGGAACUUCAAGAAGAUGGUGAGCUACCAGGAAAUGUUGGAUCACAUCAGGCAGCAGUGGCCCGCCCUAGAAAAGCUCCAGGCUGGACACACAGACACAGCCAAGACGUUCAAAGUGCCCGGAUUCAAAGGUCAGGUGGGCUUCAUCACCUCCAUGUCUGAUCAUUUCUGUGGCUCCUGUAACCGCUUACGCAUCACUGCAGACGGCAACCUCAAGGUGUGUUUGUUUGGCAACUCUGAGAUGUCCCUUCGAGAUGUGUUACGCUCCGGAGCGUCUGAUGAAGAGCUGCUGCAAAUUAUUGGAGCUGCGGUGGGCAGGAAGAAGAAACAACAUGCAGGCAUGUUCAACAUCUCCCAAAUGAAGAAUAGACCUAUGAUCCUCAUCGGUGGGUGACGCUGUGGCUAUAGAAAGGCAUUCCUGAACCUUUUGUGCCUUCUAGACUACACGGCUUCAGCACAGGCAGCACAUAGCUGCUGCUCUAGAAACUUAAUGCAUAGAGGCUCCUAUCUUAAUGAAAACCCAAACAAGGCUGAGCACUUUAUCAAUGCAGGAG